AUUUGUUAGAGGAUAUCAGAGAAUGUUGUUCGAUCACUUCCAUGCAGAUUGCUUGUGUCUCAAACUCAGCCUGCCAUGUGUGGAGGAAAACAAGCCCUCAGAGCCUGUUUGGUUGGAACAUAGGCAAGAGAAAUACUAAUGAUAGACCGCAACCUAAGUAUCACGAGGUUGAUCUUCCCUUCUCAACAUCUCUCGUUGACAAAACAUUCUUGAGGGGUAGGGAGCUCAAGUGCUGCUACAAAGCCACCAUUGACGGAUUUAGUGCGACCAAUUUCCAUGAUGGCUCUGACUUCAAGGGACCAUGUGUGAUCAUAGGUUACACAAACAAGUCCAUCAAGUUUGGUGCAUUUAACCCUGAAGGCUAUAGAAGCACAGAUGAUUACUAUGACACGUUUGAUGCAUUUCUCUUCUAUUGGACAGACACUGAGAAAAUUGACCCCAUCAUCUUACCCAAAGUUGGUGGCAGCGGUGCAGCCCUCUUUGAUUAUGCUCGAGGUGGACCUCAGUUUGGGGCUGAUGGGUUGCUAAUCGGGCCUCCACUAGCACCUGUCAUGGGCGGGUUUGCAGGACCUGAUACCAAUUCAGGAAUUGGUGACUUGAGGCAAGCCAAGUCCAGACUGGGAUUGUCAUACGCAAAAAGAGAAGACGGCAAGGAGUCUAUAUUCGGUGAUGAUUCCAGGGCAACUCUAGAAGAAGUCCAAGUUUUCUGCAGUCCUCAAAUAGCAAGUCUAUACUGAGGUAUCUAGAUACUGUAUAAGGCUCUAUAUAUAUAAGAAAAACCAUUUAAGAUUA